AUGGCGACGUCGGUUGAGCAUCUUGUAGGCGGUUUUUUCGUCUUGGUCUUGCUAGCCAUCAUGCUGUACGGCAUUCUGACUACGCAAGCGAUCCUGGAAACGAUUCAUACGGGCUUCUGCUUUGCUGCGCUCUAUGACUAUGUCAUAAUCGACUUCAAUGAUGUACUCAAAGUUGAUGAUAUCGUGUGCGGUGCAUAUUACUCGUUGGCCUUUCUCCUCUUCUUCAAGGCGGGUAUAAAUUGCGAACAUGGGCCGAAUUCCGGGGGAAGAUUAUGCCGCUCGUUGGUACUCGUGCGCCUCUCCCGGACACAAUACAUGCUAAUGAUCAUCGUCAUCCUUCAUAGGACAGACCAUAUAAUCAAGCUCGUUCAAUUGUACGCGAUCAACACCGGAGCUUUAACGAUUCUGGUGUUUGCCGGCCUUGUGGAAGUCCAGAGUAAAUUGUAUACAAUUGCAUUCCUCGCAACGUAG